UGCACAUAAAUAGCCUGGCUUUGUUAUCAAACUGUACAUACAAAUAUAAACUUUGCCAUUUCAAAACAAUAUGCCAAAAGUUGUGUCACGUAGCAUUGUCUGCUCAGAUACAAAAGAUCAAGAAGAAUAUAAUGAAGAGAAACCGUUAAACAUAUACUAUUGCUUGUGUAGCAAAAUGUCGCUGAUUUUGGAUUGCACAUUAGACCAGCUGCCGCUGCGAGAGGUGGACAAUGCUCGUGUUAUUGAUGCCAAUGACCAUGCCAAUAAAUUGACAUACAACCCAGCACCUAAAAUGAUCUACAUACGACGCAAAGGGAAGGGAAUUGAAAAGCAGUACCGUUAUAAUUGUCGCAACUGUAAUCUGCCUUUGUUCUAUCGCCAUAAUUCCGACUCCCACGUCACAUUUGUCAUGAGCAAUGCCUUGCUCAAAAAUAAAGGAGAACAGCCAUUGGCCCAGAUUCUGGCAAUGGAGGCAAAAGCCAAAACCAGCACCAAUAACACUACAAACAACAACAUUAGCACAGCCCAUGUAGCGACUAUUCCACCACCAAGCACAUCAGUGGUUCCUGCCAGCGCUGAGGAUUCAGGAAUUGUCGAUGCCAGUGGCAAAAAAGUUAUGGUCACGCGCCAUACCAAGAAUAUGGGCAAAUUUAGCUCGGUCACCGUAUCCACCAUAGACGAGGAGGAGGAUGAAAUUGAGGCGCGUGAAAUAGCCGACAGCUAUGCAAACAACGCCCGUAUCAUUGAGAAGCAACUUCAGCGCAAAGGUGGCAAACUCAUUGACCUUGGUACCAAACCCAAGUCAGAGGAAAUGCCUCCUCCGCAGAAAAAACAACGCGGGACGCUGCUGGAAAGAUAAUUACUGCACAACAAUCCUAAUAUUAAAUAUAUACGAU